AUGUCCGGACAUGGAAAGAAGCAUACAGUGGCUGGCAAAUCUGGAGUUGCACCAAAGAAAAACAGAUCAGCUAAGGCUGGUCUGCAGUUCCCUGUGGGUCGUAUCUACAGGCUCCUUAAAAAAGGGAAAUACACUGACAGAGUUAGUCCUGGUGCUGCCAUCUACCUGACUGCUGUGCUGGAGUACCUGAGUGCGGAGAUCCUGGAGCUGUCAGGGAAUGCUGCUCAGGAAAAUAAGAGAUCCAGGAUCCUGCCAAGGCAUAUCCUGCUGGCUGUGAGAGGUGAUGGUGAACUGAACCAACUCUUCUCCUCUGUGACCAUUCCUCAAGGAGGAGUUACGCCAAAUAUCCUUUCCCAGCUUCUUCCGAAGAAAUCUUUCAGAGAUGCUGGUCCUUCUCAGGGUCAAGGUGGUAGCUAG